UGGACUUCACUUUCCCUGUUUGUUCAUUGCUCUUAAUUGCAAACUAAACCCAAUAACGAAAACUCUCAUUUGAAUUCAAUUCGGCAACUUAAUCAAUUAUUGGAAGCAAUCAUAUUUGUUAAGACACAACCAGUGUUCAAUUUGUAUCGAAAAUACUCUUCACCAGCAACAUGUCUAGCAAGACUGAUAUUGCUUUACCGAUGGAUAAGUUGUCUUUGGAUUUAACAAAGCAAGUGGAGGGGCCAAAAAGUCCUGAAAGGAAGAAAAGGACAUAUGUAGUUCUUGUAUCAACAGGAAGUUUCAAUCCUCCAACUUAUAUGCACAUGCGUUGUUUUGAGUUGGCAAGAGAUGCGUUGACAUCAGAAGGGUUUUGUGUGAUUGGAGGUUACAUGUCACCAGUAAAUGAUGCAUAUAAGAAGAAGUGUCUUAUAUCUGCUGAGCAUCGUGUUGCAAUGUGCCAGUUAGCCUGUAAAAGCUCAGAAUUCGUUAUGACUGAUCCCUGGGAGGCAAGUCAGGAUAGCUAUCAACGAACAUUGACAGUUCUCUCCAGAAUAAAAACCGCUAUCAGUGGUGGAAAUUUGGCAUCCACUGACCUCAUGGUCAUGCUUGUAUGUGGUUCUGAUCUGCUAGAAUCUUUCAGCACACCUGGAGUUUGGUUACCUGAGCAGGUCAGGAGCAUAUGUAGAGACUUUGGCUUGGUUUGUGUUCGGAGAGGUGGUCAGGAUGUUGAAAGGAUCAUUGCUUGUGAUGAUAUUUUGAAUGAAUAUAAGAAGAAUAUCCGAGUUGUGGAUGAAGUAGUGCCAAAUGGAAUCAGUUCAACGGGACUAAGGGACUGCAUCUCAAAAGACUUGUCAGUGAAGUACUUGACAGCCGAUGAAGUGAUCAAUUAUAUCAAACAACACAACCUUUACAGAGGGCAAUGAUCUGACAACUGAAUCAGUAGUUUCCUUUUUUUUGUUUUUUGUUUUUGUUUUUUUGUGUGUGUGUGUGUGUGAAAUAAGUGCCAAGGACAGAUUCUCCAGCCUGCUAAGGGAGAUCAUUGUUUCAUGUGAUUAAGUGAACACAAAAACCUCAAGAUUUCAUUACGAACUGCAUCUAUAUAUGAAGCAGACAAACUUUAUUGAUUGA